UGCAGCUUCUCAAAUCCAUUACGACCUACGCGCACGCUGGGAACGGAAACCCUCGGAAUCCACGACCGGACGUAUACUGCAAUUGUAACGGAUAAGUGUUCUUUCGAGCUAUGUGCGCUUCCGCUAUGGAGUACAUUCUAGCAUAUGCAGCCUCUGAACUUGUCAAUUUUCGCCUGAUUGAGUUCAGUUCACUUUGUGAACUUUUAAAAAUCUCACUGGAUAAAACGAUAAUUCGGCAUAGUCCUGAUUAUUGGUCUCAACCAUAUGUCCCGGUUCAUCUGGAGAACGACCGAAUUGCCACACUUCUGGUGGAGCGGAGUGUGCUGAUCAAAUCCGUGUACCAUGUGUGGUGCAGCGCUAGUAGCCUUCCAGAGCUGAUCCAUAAGAUACCAGAUUUGCCAGCAGAACGGACUGACAAAUAUAUCAACUCCUUCGGGUCAUACAAACUCAUAGUUAGCUCGGCCAACAAGAAGCUGUCUCAUGAAGAAAAGCUGGACAUUAUUGAGGCCGUGCUGAAUGCGCACCGCACCCUGAAUGCAUCAGUUUCCCUCUGCAACCCUGACUACCAACUCAACGUUCUGUUGGACUUCAAACCGCGCAAUUGGGCAAAGGGACCACCCGUCAGAGAAGCAGAACUUCGUCAAGUGUUUUAUGGCCGCUUCGUUGCGUCCAGCAAACGGAAGGUCUUCAUGAAUUCUUAUCGCCUUGCGGACCGUUCUUAUCUUGGUAAUACGAGCAUGGAUGUGCGACUUGCUGCUAUAAUGGCCAACGUAGGCCUUUGCGGACCCGGGGCCCUUGUUUGGGAUCCAUUCGUUGGCACAGGCAGUAUCCUGUUGGCCGCCUCUUUGUGGGGUGCUUUUGGAGCCGGGUCUGAUAUUGAUUUUGCCUUACUUCACGGUUUGGGGAUGUCACCCAAAGCAGGACAGGGUAAACGGAUUAACGGCGAGUGCCUACGUACAAAUUACGCACAGUAUGGCAUACGAUCGCUCUAUUUGGACGUCAUUGUGGCAGAUGCUGCCUCUCUCCAUCGUCUACUUCGCGUACCGGGAGUUGACAAUUUCGUAAAGCCAACUGCGGCUGCUAAAUGCAUAGGACUGGUAGACGCUGUCCUCACAGACCCUCCUUACGGAUUCCGAGAAAGCAGUCGCCGUAUUGCUGUACACGCUAUAGAACGUGCACCAGGCUUAGUGACUGUUCGGCGACUGGCUGAUAUUACCGGCUCAGAUUCCCCUUGCGGCCGUUGUGUUGAUGAUCAGACUCUGGUAGAAGUGCCUCAUGAUUUGCCUCACUUCCCACAUAAGGAAGAGUACCCACUGCAUGAAGCUAACAGUGACCUACUUGCUCUGAGUUCCCGUUUACUCAGACCUGGAGGUCGCCUGGUUUUCUGGGUUCCUGUAAACCGGGCCAAUCCUAUCGGACCAGAUACAUUACCAAGACAUCCAGACUUACAACUACUUGCUGUAUGCGAACAGAUACUCAAUUCCCGCAAUUCACGCUAUAUGGUUGCCAUGCGCAAGCGAGGACCAAAUGACCUUGGGUCUUCGGAUGCGCCAGCCUCGGAGAAAUUUCAUCUUGCUGAGUUAUUUCCACCAUAGUCUUGUUACAAUAUCGCCUUUCUUUGUACAGCCCCGUACACCCAUAAACUGAUGCACAUAAUCA